CAGAAAGAAAGUCGUACGACGACGUCUGAGGCCUGCAGCGUAAAUUUUUCCGAGAGGAAAGUGGAUAAUAUUCAAAAUGACUUCUUUCGACGUUGCUGAACUGAUAUCGGCAUUUUCAUCGAUUUCUUUACUUUGUCGAGAUAUGUGCAGGCGUUUUCCUAAAGAUCAGAUGAUCAUCCUAAAGUCCCAAGCAGUGGCUGAAAAAUAUGUGGCCGACUUGCAGAAUCCAGACACUCAAGGAAUUGUGAAAAAAGCUCUCAAAGAAUUUACUCAGAUCCUCCUUGACGUGAGUUUCUUGGAAGAAAAUCAGCUAGUAGAAGAUGAAUUUCCAAUUUCAGAUGGAAGGGCCAGAAUGACUAAAUUAAUGGAACUGUAUGCCAGACCUGUAGAUCUUGUGAAGAAGGUGUUUGGUGAUUUCUCACUUCCAAUGGACAUACUUGGGAAGGAUUACGUGGAGUGUCUGCACUGGAGGAAAGGUGCCCUGAUGUACAUGUACUGCAACACACUCUAUGAACAGACGGAAAGGGUCAGAGAUGAACUCACACAAUUCAUGCAGUGUUUAGAGGAAGGAGUUAGGCAUCUUGAAUCCAUGCUGGCUGUUCGACUUCCAACCAACAAGGUACAGAUUGAAUGUCAGGUCUUGACUGAAGAUACUCUAUCACUUAUCAAACAAGGGCUAUUCUCCGAUACCCAUGUCCUGGCUUUGAUGUAUGCUGGUGAGAUGUGUUAUUGGCACCACACGCUACUCAAGCAGAAGAAACAGAAGGAAGCAGCCACCCUGUCAGUCAUGACCGGCGGACUCAACCACGCGUCACAAGAGGACAUCAGCUCCAUUACAAAGUCAGCCUCCAGUUUGGAUAUAGCCGGGGACGACGUGUGGCAGGCCAGACAUCCUGGCAAUCGACACUCCAUCCACGUCUGCGAGGGCAUGCUGCUCUUUGACAGCAAGGCGGUCGGGAAGCGCAUGCUGCAGAGGUACGUGGAGGUGGUGAAAGGGCCGUUGCGAUUCGUCGGAUGGGACUGCGCGAGGGCAGAAGAGCUGUUGCGGCUUUUAGACGCUCAAGGCUGAACAGGGUUGGGGAGAGAUUAUAUCAUAGCUAGCAAAAUAGAGAUAGGUUACCUGGACAUCAUUGGUUGUCUUGAUUAAUCAUUGGUCAUUCCUUUGAGAACGUCCUCGAAAUAGUUACCUUCAAUAUGCACCUUUUACUAUUGUGGAGAACUAUUUCAUAGUUUGACGUAUUGACCCUUGCCCAUGUACUGUAGUGUGUUGUUAACACUAUCUUGGUUGAUCGUAUUAUCAGCCACCUGUGGAGAUAGAUCACAUAAUGUCUGAAUGUUUUAUUAUCUUUAUUGGGGCACAUUGAUCAUAACCGGUUAGAUCUGAUGUCUAUGC